UUUUAUUUUACGAAAUCCGCGAGUUAAAUUAAAUUUUGGAAUGUUAUAUUUCGGGAAUCAAAAUGUCAUUUCCUGAUAUUCAUUGCUGUUCUAGGUUAACAGCCGAGAAUAUAGAAAUAAAGAAAAGAUAUAGCAGGUUAAAACAAGAAAAAGAAAAACUUCAGAAACAAAUUGAUGUUAUUUUCGAACAGAGAAAAGUUGAAGCUUUGUUAAAGAAUUAUGUUACUAGCAGAGAUGUGUAUGUACAAACUGAAAGUCAAACCUGGAAUAAGACUAAAUCUACUGGUAUAUCUUCUAAACCAAGCACAGCUACUGGUACUUAUAUUGAAGAGAGUGAAAAAAUCAACAAAUUAGUGAAUAUGCAGAGUCAGAUAAUGAAGAGAUAUGAAAAGGAAGUCAAACAAAACAUGGAACAUCUUCAAACCAUUACAGAAUUAAAUGGUAAAAUAGCUCAGUUCGAAUCAAAGUUACAGAAAAGUGAAGAGGAACUGUUUAAGAUAAAACAUGAAUUGUUUAAAAUCAGUGGACCCUCUUCAUCAAAAUUAGAAGAUGGUGUAAGACAGAAAGAUAUCAUAAAAGAAAAUACUAAAUUAAAGAAAGAGAAUAAAAAGCUUAGAGCAGAAUUAGAUGGUUUAGAUAAGGGAUUUUUUGACGAAGUAGAAGAUAUAAAAUAUGCUUUACAACAAUCAGCUAAAUUAAAUAAGGAAUAUGAAAAAGUUUUAAAGAAAAUGUGUCAGAAAUAUGGAGUACCUUUACCACACCCUGAAAAAAUUCUCAACAGCUGAUGAUGAUUUAGGCCUACACUAUUGUUAAUUUAUC